AUGUUAAUUUUUAAGCAGCAAUAAAAAAUUGGCGAUACAAAUAAUCUGAAAGCAAUAGAAGUUAGCAUAUCUAGAAAUGAAAUUUUAAUUAAAGCUAACCCUGAUUACUUUGUAGUUGGAACUAAGCUACAUAUUAAAAGACAGUUUUAGCCAAUCUACAAAGAUGUUAGUUUAAAAUACGACAUUUAAGAGGAGAAUAGAGCAUACAAUUUCAGUGCUUUUUUAGGCAUACUUUCUUUUAAAAAUUAUGGAUAUGACUUUUUAGUUAUGGUUCAGGACGCUAAAAAAGUGGCUACUAUUCAAAAAUAAGAUAUUUUUUUGAUUCUCAAAGUUCACAUGAUCUGCAUAGAAAGAGAUGAAAUCACUGGAAAUUAAAGCAAAUCAAUUAAUUGUUAUUUGCAGCAAAUCUCAAACAUUCUGCAAACAGGGCAUUAUUUUUCUUUUAGUUAUAGCAUCAGCCAAUCAUUGGAGGACUAGAAUAGAUACCCACUAAAACCUAAUAUUUAAUUCUUAUGGAAUUAUCAUUUAAUGGAUCCACUUAGAAAUAGCAACUUGGUCAAUAAGAAGUGGUGCAUUUAACUAAUUUAAGGUUUCGUUACAUAAUUUACUACCCUACUUAAAGAUAAUCAGCCUAUACAAUACACUUUGAUAACCAGGAGGUCAUCUUUUAGAGGAGGAACCAGAUAUAAUCAUAGAGGAGUUGAUGAAGACGGAAAUGUUGCAAAUUACUGUGAAUCUGAAUAAAUUUUGUAAUUGGGUUCUAUUUGUUGUUCCCACACAUAAAUUAGAGGCAGCGUUCCUUUAUUUUGGGAAUAAAAAGGGUUUUAAGCUACUCUUUAAUUAAUAAAAACUGAGGAAGAGAAUAAAAAAGCUUUUUUGAAACACUUUUAAAAGAUCAAAUAAGAUUACAAAAAUGUAAUGUGUGUAAAUUUAAUGAGUAAAACUAAACACCUUGAGUAAUAACUGACAUAGUAAUUUGAGAACUGUAUUUAAAAGUGCUCCUUAAAUUUCCUCAGAUAUGAAUUCUUUGAUUUUCAUGAAGCUUGUAAAGGAUUUAACUAUUAGAAUAUUAACGAACUUGCUGAGAGUCUUAAGCUCAUUACAUAUUCCUUUAAAUUUUUUGCUCUAGAUUAGAAUACAAAUAAAAUUUUGUUUGAAUAAACUGGAGUAAUUAGAACUAAUUGCUUAGAUUGUUUGGACAGGACAAAUGUUUUUAUGACAAAAAUAGCUGGCAUAGUUAUUGAGCAUAUGAUGAAUCAUAUGAAUAAGUAAACCAUAAAAGAAUUUGAUUCACCCAUUUUAAAUCUAAUUGAUGGCCAAACUUAAGGUAAAAAAAUUCACCCUUUUAUGACAAAUUUUAAAAACGCUUGGGCAGAUAAUGGUGAUUAAAUUAGUAAACACUAUGCAGGCACUGGUGCAACUACUUCUAAAGCAACUAAAUAAGGGAAUAUAGGAUUUAUGGGGUUUUUAGAUUAAAGUUUAAAAGGAAUAGAGAGAUUUUACAAAGGAAAUUUUGAAGAUAGCUAUAAAUAAGAAUGUUUAGAUAUUAUAACGGGUAGAAACUAUUAAUCUUCUGGAUAAUUAGAUAAAUCAAUAAUUUAGAAUAAUGAAGAGGUGAAAGAAAACUAAGAAAAAGAUUAAAAGUAUUUUGAUUCUUAAGAAAAUUAAGAUCAGGAACAAAAAAACAUUGAUUUUGAUAUUAAACAGAGCUGUAUACUAGAUAAAAAUAAUAUAAAUUUAAAUUUGCUAACUAUAACAUGGAAUACUCAGUAAUUUAAUAUUUAAAAUUAAAAUAUGGAGGAAACAUGUUUUAUAAACUUUGAGAGAUCCAUACCUCCAGAUUUUAUAUUUUUUACAUUUCAAAACAUAAAUGAUUUUGAUAAUGCAAUUUAAAGUUAUUGGUUUUAAUUGAUAUAAAAAUGUAUAAUGUAAUUCGGAUAAGAAUAUAAAAUGGUUUCUUAUCAUUAUUCUAAAAACAGUAAAAUAAUGAUUACUGCUUAUGUUUUGUCUUCUCUCCCUUAUUAAGUUAUUUAACUAUAAAUAGAUGAAGUUUUUUCACCUAUUUUUGGAGAUGAAUCAAAGAUAUAUGGUUGUGUAGGAGUUAAAUAUUUAAUAGAGUCAUCACAGUUUGCUUUUCUUAGUUGUUAUUUGCCAGAAAAAAGCGAAGAUCAUGAAAAAAGGAUAUAAUUACUCAAUGAAUAUAUGAAAAAUAUUUUUAUAUAAAAUUAUUCAAUUACAGAUAAUUAAUAAACCUAAUUUUAAGAAUUAGAUGUAUAAAUAUUGCUGGGAAAUUUAAAUUUUUAAAUCACCUUGUCAAAUUAAAUUAUUCAAGAGCAUAUAAACAACUAUCAAAUACUCAAAUAAGAAAAUAAUUAUGAAUAACUUUAAAAAUGCAUAAAUUUCUUGUUAGAUUUUGAUCAAUUUAAAAAUUUUUAAAAGCUACAAAAUUUUCUUAGCAGCUAUGUAGAAGGAUAAAUAGACUAUCUCCCCUAAUCAAAAAAGAAGGUAGAUAAAAACUCAGAUAAUAAAUAUAGUUGGUUUGAUAGAAUAUUCGUCAAUAAAAAUAAAUAAAAUAUAGAAUAUUAAAUAUAAUCUUAUCAACAGCAUGAAGAAAUAUUAGAUGCUUCAUAUUCACCUAUAUCAUUUUCUGCUGUUUUUAAUUUGCCAAAGUAGUUGAAAGAUAGUUAAAAUAAAGAUAAUUAGAAAAAUAUUAACUUAGAAUAAAAGAUAUUUAUAGAUGCUUAGAAUGCUCCUAGAAUAUUUGAGUUUUUUAAGCCACCUUAAGUAUUAGAAAAAUAAACAUUAAACAAAUUAAAUCACAGUCGCUCAGGGUAGGAAAAUACUGAAAAUAAUUCAUUAUCAUUAGAUGCAUCUGUAACUAUGAUUAUGAAUACAAACGAAGAAGAUUAAGAUGAUUAAUCAUAAAGUGAAAGAUACUCUUUGCUAUAAAAUAUUUUAAACGAGAAUAACUAAAAUAAUUAAUGUAAUGAGUAAGAAAUUAAUAUAAAAAGAUCUUAAAAUUGUUAAAUGGAAUUAUCAUAAUAGUAAUAGUAAGAAAAUAAUUUGAAUUCAAGUAAUAUAUAAGGUAAAGUCGAAACAAAUGUUAAUAAUUAAAGUAAAGAGUCCAAUUAAAAAUAAAAUGGUAAUGUUACAAUUUCAUUUUUCAAUAACAAUUAAAAUGAUAAAGAAGAUAAAGGAUAGUAGUUAUUCUAGUUACCUCUAAUCAAAGAUUAUAUAAGCAGCAAAGAAUUAAGUAAAGAGGACAAAGAUAAAAAAUUACUAAAAUAAAGCUAGUGUAGCAGUCUAAAAAAUUUACAAAGUUUUGAAAUAAAUUAAAAAGAAGAUGAAGAUAUAGAAGAUUAAGCUUAACAAAGUAGGCACAGAAAAAUGAGUAGCUUUGAUAUUUGUGUUAUAGAAGAUAAAUCCACACAAGAACAAAAAAAAGCUUUAUAAGUUAUAAAAGAAGAAUGA